AUGGCUGCAGCCGACACGAGUGCCAAGAGAAUUGCUCAGUAAGUUCUCUUAUUCUCUUUUCUUCACGUUUUUAACAAUGAAUGUGGUGAAACUCAACACGAAUUACGCUUAGUAAAUGAUAAUCUAUUGAUUAUUUAUGUUUGUGAAAGUGUCUUGCAUAUUUGGUGAACAAAAAAGGGUUCUGCUUGCAGUAAAAAAAAAAGACAAACAACAUGCAACACAAACAAAAAGAAAAUAAGUGUUAACCUUUUAUUUUUAUCUUUAGAACCAACAUGGAGUGGACUGAACAACAUGACAAUUUUCUUUCUCAGGAAAUUCUCGUUCUUGAAUCAUUCAAGGCAAAGAAAGGAAGCAUUGCAAGGGGCCAAAUUUGGGAUAAAAUAGCGAACAAUCUGAACAGCCUUCAACAUCCCCAGUUCAGAGUGACGAAGCGAUCUGUCAGAGUACGAUAUACGCUUUUGAGCGACAAAUUUAGAGCAAAGAUGUGA